AUGGGGAGCCAACGGGACAGGCCUGACAAUACACUCAGGCAGGGUUCUCAAGCAACAAGAGUGUCUCAGAAAACAAGAACCCAGCGACUACCAGAGAGCUACUUCAAGCCACGUGGCCUAUUGACACCUUUCAAGUCAUCUGAUCUUGAGGGACAGGGGGAGCGGGACCGUGAAGAGGAAUGGUUAGCCAAAGAGGAUCACUCAAACCAUCCUGGUGAGCCUACUGUUGCAGAGUCCUCUGAGGAUGACGAGUUCGAUGUUGAAUCAGACAUUGGUGGGCUAGACAAUAGACCAGAAAGAAGAGAGUGGAUGGACUCUGAACCAGAAUCUGGGGAGGAUUAUCUUGUUUCUAUAUUCAACAACACCUGCUACAACAAACAUGAACACAGCAGUAGCUACCACAAUACCACCAACAGUUAUGACAAACUCAACACCUAUUGCUACAACACACCUGAACACUACAACACCCACAACUUCACCAACAACUGUAUCCAUGAGUCCAACUCCUGUUGCUACAACACAUAUGAACACUACGACAGCUUCAACACCGACAACACUGAUUACACAUUCAACAACAGUUCCUACAACCGAUAUGAACACAUCAAGAGUCACCACACCACCAACAACAGCCAAAGUACCACAGUGAGCUCCACAACAGAAGCUACUUCUAUUCCAGCUGUAACCACAACCCUCAUUACAACUACUAUCCCCACCACGACUACUGCUACAACCACUACCACCAUUGACGCCUUCACAACAGCCGUUAUCCCUAUAACAAUAGGCAGAUCAACUACUACUGCUUUGCCAUCUGCUACAACAUCACCUGCUCCUGUUACAGGAUUUGAUGUGGCAAUGUCAAUCAGAUUAGAAAAGGACUUCACAGAAGACUUGAAUGAUGCAACAAGUUCUGCAUACCAAGAUCUUAAAACAAGUAUUGAGCCAGUGUUGAGGAAUCAGUAUAAAGUAAUUACUGGGUUCAUUGAUGCUAGUGUGACUGGCUUCAGCCGAGGAAGCAUCAUCACAAACUAUGUUGUUCAGACAAGCCAAGUUAACCCAGCUGAAAUAGCUGAAGCAAAUAAAAAUAUCACAAAAGCAAUGGAGCCUAUUGCCCCUGUCAUUGGCUCUGUAACCGCAGUUUACAGCAGUUCAUCUUCAAUCAACGUUCCACGUCUCACUUAUACUGGUGGACAAAUGAUACUAACGUGUGGGCCUCUGAAUGAAGACUUUAAUAUGGGACGAAUUUCCAGAUCUGUAUGGAAAUUUAAAGGAUCUAAAAUUGCGGGUGGAAGAUAUACAAUAACUACCUCUAACAUAAAGUCUACACUUAGAAUUGACAAUGUCAUUCCUGCUGAUGCUGGAUUUUAUGAAUGUACUCUGGUUGGUGAAGUAAUGGAAUUCUUCCAAAACGGAACUGUAAAAGCAGCGGACAUCAAACUAGCUCCCAUCGUGCGACUACAGAGUAAAAUUAACGUUGAAUGCUCGGAGGGACUGGAACAACCACUGAAAUGUUGUGUGCAGUCCAACUAUAGAGUCAAGUGGUUUAGCACAAAUCUUUUAAAUUCAGAUACCAACACUGAACCUGACUCCUACUGCAUCAUUUAUAAACACGUGAUAAACAGCUGCACUGUGUCAGAGCAGGAACUGAGGUUUACAUGUAGGGUGGAUGAACCAAGUGGUUAUCAAAUGACGACAACAAUGAUCAUUUUCAGAGGAACUGCUGAGUGUGAUGAUGCUCAGUAUGGGAAAGGACGAGAAGGUGACAAAUCAACCAUACAAUGUGAGGAAGGUCAAGAGGGAAGCAAGACUGCUGUCUGUAGGGGAGGAGUGUGGACACUUGAGGCGGACAACUGCAUUGUAUCAAAAAUCAAGGAAAUAUUAAUUGAGUCAGUGAAUUUGAAUCCUGUGGAAGUGCCACAAUUUGUGGAAGAUCUAAAUACUGCUGUCCAGAGUGAACAAACUGAAAUUGCAGAUUCAUCUGCAACCAUAUCAGCAAUCGUUGACAUCAUAAACAGUGUUGCAAAUGUUUCCACUACUGUUGAUGAAGUUGUCAUGACGAACAUACUAACAACAGUUGAUGCCAUCAUUGGUGAUGACGCAAAAGAGUCCUGGGACACUCUGAAUGAAAAUGAAAUCGGCAGUGCCAGCUCAAAAUUACUGGGUUCACUGGAGGCUCUCUCUGAAGAUGUAGUUGGGGAGUUUAGCAUUACAACUCCACGGAUCCAGCUCAAUAGAACCUCAUUUAACAAUGCCUUCAAAGAAGAACUGAACUCCAGUGUUGUCAUUGACAUUCCAGACACCAAUACUAACAAUAUCAGUAUAACCACCAUCAUAUUUUCAACCCUUCAUAAUGUUAUGCCAGCUCGGAACUCAAGUUAUGACCCCAGCCUUUUCAAUGCCACCAACAAUCAAAGUGUCCCUGCUAACGCCAUUAAUGCUGCUGUGGUACUCGUGAGAACAAGUGUAAAAAUUCAGAAUGUCACUAUGAGCUUUGAUAAGCAAAAUAACUCUCUGAUACUAAACCCACAGUGCGUCUUCUGGAACUUCACGCUGUUUAAGGAUCAAGGUGCUUGGGAUGAUGAGGGGUGUACAUUUAUUUCUGACAUAAACAACACAGUAACCUGCAAUUGCAACCAUCUCACCUCAUUCUCAAUUCUGAUGGCCACUGACAUCCCUCCAUCUCUGAGACAAGUCUUGGAUGUAAUCACUUAUGUUGGAGUUGGGAUAUCUAUGGCAAGCUUAGUUAUAUGUCUGAUUAUUGAAGGAUAUGUAUGGAAAGCCAUGACCAGAAACAGCACUGCUUUCAUGCGUCAUGUUUCCAUUGUAAACACUGCCCUCUCUCUGUUGAUCGCAAACAUUUGUUUCAUCAUUAGUGCUGCUAUUGUUAAGAACCCCCUUGAAAACCCAGGGGAGGACUACACAGUUCCAGUAGGACAAUGUAGCACAGCAACAUUUUUUAUGCACUUUUUCUACCUUGCUCUUUUCUUUUGGAUGCUGGUGUCAGGACUUCUUCUCUUCUACCGGACGGUUAUGGUCUUCUCCCACAUGUCCAAGUCAACUAUGUUGGCCAUUGGCUUCACUGUAGGUUAUGUGUGCCCUCUAAUUAUAGCUGUCAUCACUGUUGCUGUUACAGCACCAGGAAAUGGAUACAUCAGGACAUCUGAUGCCUGUUGGCUGAACUGGAGCAAGACGAAGGCCCUGCUGGCUUUGGUGAUACCUGCCUUGACCAUAGUUGUAAUCAACAUUUUGAUUGUAAUUGUGGUCUUGUUCAAAAUGCUGAGGAGAGGCAUGGGAGACGUGUCCCAAGCAGAUGAAAAGCAUACACUGGUUGUCAUUGCAAGAUGCUUGAUCAUUUUGACUCCUUUAUUUGGUCUUACAUGGUCUUUGGGAGUGGGAACCAUGGUAUCAUCAACAAAUAAAGGAAUCCAUAUUGCCUUUGCAUUCUUCAAUUCACUACAGGGUUUCUUCAUUUUAGUGUUUGGGACAUUGUUGGAUUCAAAGAUCCGAUCUCGGCUCUCAAGAACAUUACCUACAUCAAGCACAGGUUCAAAUCCAACAAGAAGUACAAGUGCUGGCAUUUCUUCUCUCGGUGGAAUGAACUUGAUAAGCAGACUACGCGGAAGGAGAUAUAUGUACAAUGUGUCGGGAGCUGCAAACCGCUCGAGCAGCAAUGAGCAAUCAGAGUCAUUUGUCAGUAUCUGAAUUAACACAUACAUCUGUACACAUCAAGCUGACUUUAUAAUUGAUUUGAAAUAUCUAUCUGUUUAAAGAUUUUUCUGUAUAUAAUCAGAAAUUGUAUAAUACUUUAUGUAGAACUCAUUAUCUCACAGCACUGAGUCUUAAAAUGCAUUUUGUAUGUCAAGUUGACAAUGUGGUUUUGGAGUCAGAAGGUGUUGCAAAAUCAGAAUGUAUAUGAUGUGAUAGACAGCCUUACAUUAUGUUUGUAGAAGGCUUCACUGUAUUGUCACUCUUCACAUCUUUAUGCUGAGAAGCCAGAGGAAAGCAUAUGAUAUAGUAAGUGGGAUAUUGCUGAAAUGUAUUAAUUUUCAGUGA